AUGACCGACUACUCGAAGAUGAAGAAUGACGAGCUGCAAGCUCUUCUCAAGCAGCGCGGCCUCCCCCACACCGGCAAGAAAGCCGACAUGGUUACGCGCCUCCAAGAAGCGGACAAGACGGCACCCGACACCCAAGGGACCAAGAGCGCAACCGCGCCUUCAUCCACCAUGCUCGCAGCAGCAGCUGCGCCGGCCGCAGACGCUGAGGCUGAGAGGACCGACAUCAAAGCUGAUAUCGCUACCGACAAUGCCGAGGCUGCGAACGGCACAACCGAAGCGCCGGAGCCCGAGUCCGAGAAACCUGCAGAGAAGGAGAAGACCCCGGUCGACUUCAGCUCCGGCCUCGCAGCCACGACUCUCGAAGAAGAACUCGAGAAGCGUCGCGCCCGCGCUAAGAAGUUCGGUAUCACGGAAACCGACGAAGAAGCGACAAAGAAGCUUGAGCGCGCUAAGAAAUUUGGUGAGACCGCUGGGCCACCGGGUCUCAACGAGGCUCUGCCUGAGCGUACCAGCAAGAAGAGGGGACGAGAGGGUGGUGAUGAGAGUGGAAGGGGCAAGAUGAGCAGGGGCGGCAACCGAGGAGAGGGCAGGAGAGCAGACGGACCGCGAGGUCAAAAGGGAGGCGAGAGGAGGAACGGCAGCAAGAGGAGAAGCCCGGACAAGACGCAGAGAACGGAUAAAACGGAGAAGACGAAUAAGACUGAGAGAAGUGGUGGUGCUCCUACCUGGAUGUCUGAUGCGGAUAAGGCCAAGGCAGAGGCCAGGAAGGGGAAGUUCGGUGCGGCAUCAUGA